UACGCGGCGAAAACGGUGGCUCCGUCCAUUUUGCUUAAGGCGGAUCUGUCGCUGGUAGAGCGCCUUGCACCAAGGCGCUACUCAAAAAUGCGCUGACCACAGUUAGAAAGUCCCCGGCUGGUGACUUUUUGGAUCCGACCGCGCCAGGGUGUCAGAGUGCCGAACGAGGUGCGAUGCAUUUGGCGCACAUCGAGAAGGAGAACACAGAUUGUGUUUUUUUUUUAUCUCUUGGAGCACAUUCCAGUCUUUCGUAUCUGCCUUCCGUUGAUUUCUCUCUCCCCUUGUCCGCGGUGACUGCACGAUGCCUCACCGACGGAGUCAACCUUGGCGAAAACGCGCCGUCCGCACUGCGGCCACGGUGGCGGCGGCGCUCCUGUUUGGUCCACUUGGAGCUGAGGCACACAUCUACUCGUAAGCGACCUAGCAUCUUCUUUUCUGCAAUUCCCUGGGAGUGUACGGCCACUCGGCUUUCGGAACUUCGCCUAGCGGAGGCCAAAGCCAGUUCCUGGUUUCAAGUAGGGGAGGGGUCUUUGCAGCGAUCGCAAUCGCAGUCGCCGUCUCGUCGCCGGCUGGGGCGCGUCGUCUCCAUACUCCUCUUUCUGCGAUUCCAGAAAAAUGCUUGACAUUACACUCAUAGCAUGGCUUCAAACGAAUCCCAAAGUUGAGGCAAGCGUUCUGGGGGUGUGCUAUCGCUGGGAACAGUGGUUAGUCGCGACGCAGACCAGUGCAGGAUCGUAGUGGCAGAGUACGUGUCCUCGAGCAUGGCUUUUCGCCAGCUGCACUCUGCGCUGUUUAAAAAAAAAACCUUUUCAGGGGAGGUCACCAAUGAAGACGCGCUCUUUCAACCAGGCUGAACUGAAACGUGAAAGAGUUGACGUGAGAAAAUGCGAAAAAAACGACACAGUAUCCUGCGCUGGUGUGUCGUUUUGCAGCGAGGGCCUAGAACUCCGACGGCAGGAUAUGGACAUGACGCCAUUUGUUGAAGACAACGCCGAGGCUCAUGUCUGUUAUGAGCCAGACGUGGAGUAUGUGGACCACACCAACUUGGCAAUCGAAGGAGGUCACGUUCACUCUCCGUCAUCAUGCCAAGAUUUAUGCCAGCGCUACCAAGACUGCUACUUUUGGACGUGGAACUCAGUUAAGAAGGACUGCUACUUAAAGAACUCCACAGCGCUUUUCAGCCGGCAGAAGAAUUACGACACACGAAAUAAAAUUAGCGGACCAAAAUGGUGUAUGAUGCCGCAUCCUCUGCGGUGCUACGAAGUCGACGUCUCUUAUGAAGGAUACGACAUCAUCAAAAAUCCCCUAACGAACAUCCGGAGUGUUCUUGACUGCCACCGAGCCUGCGUUGAAUUGGAAGACUGCCGCUACUGGACAUGGACUGCGGAUUCGAUGGAGUGUCAACUGAAGAGUGCGAACGCUCUCCGGGCCUGGCGCCGAUCGUUCGACACCAUCGGGAAAAUCUCAGGAAUGAAGAACUGCGGCGUCUGCACGGAACUCGGUACGGACUACUACGGGCAUGACGUACGACGCGUGGAGACGAAGAGCAUUGUCAGUUCAGAGCAGUGCCGGGACUUGUGUAUCAAGGACGCCAAUUGCUUCUUUUGGACAUGGGCGUCGGACUGGAAAAACUGCUACCUGAAAGGGCCCGACGCGUUGGAAGCGUGGCGCCGGGAUAAUUCGACGCGAUCUCUUGUCUCCGGGUCGAAGUUCUGCCCCAUGGACCGUGACCUUCGUCUUGCUUCUCUAUCGCAAAGCCCGUUCAUGUAUCCUGCCUUCUAUAUUCAUAACCCCCCUCCAUGCUAUGAGAUCGGAGUCGAUUACGCUGGACACGACCUCGAGACAGUCGAUGAUGAGAAAGUGCUCUCUGUCCAGGACUGCCAGCAGCAAUGCCAAACACGGGAGGGCUGCGUCUACUUUACUUUCGACACAGUUAGCAAAGUUUGCUACCUGAAGGGUGGGGGGGCGCUCCACGACUGGACGAAGAACGAGACUACGGAGAAGUUGAUCUCGGGGCCGAAGGACUGCUCCUGCUCCGGGCUUCAUUAGCUUCACGACACUCUGGGUUGUCAGACUCGCGCGAACUGUAGAGCAGUUCUCUCUCCGUCCGAGGUCUUACAUUUAUUCGUUUUUCGAAGCCUUGCUAUUGCAUCGGUUUCUCCCUGUUUCCUGUUAAUUUGCCCGUAAAAGUUUUGCACAACCAAGGCGUUCAAAGCAAAACAGAGGGUUGUCCCACAGUUGGCACGGGCGUCGCAGGAUGCUAAGCUGCCCGUGUGGCUCCCGGAAUUUC